CACGAUGCCAACCAUACUUCCCAACACUAACACUUGUUCAAUUACUCCUUCAAAUCAGGUUUGUGCGCUCUCUAUCUCUCUUGGUUAGUUGGAAAAUUUUGUUGUGCAUGCUUUUUGGUGAUGUAUGGAACCUGAAAGAGAGUUCAAGACUUAUUAGUGGAAGAGUUUCUUUCUAUUGAGGAAAGGUAUUUAUUGCUCUCUACUUAGGUAACAUAAGCCAACAAUUUUAGUAGUAAUUAAUGGCUGGAGAAUUGGGAGUUUUGAAUGCACUUGAUGUGGCAAAGACACAAUGGUACCACUUCACUGCUAUUGUGAUCGCUGGAAUGGGUUUCUUCACCGAUGCCUAUGACCUCUUCUGCAUUUCCCUAGUCACCAAGCUUCUAGGGAGGCUAUAUUACACAGAACCAGGUGCACCAAAGCCAGGUUCACUUCCUCCAAGAGUUCAAGCUUCUGUGACUGGUGUAGCACUAUGUGGCACAUUAGCCGGCCAACUAUUCUUUGGUUGGCUUGGUGACAAAAUGGGGAGAAAAAGAGUCUAUGGACUAACACUCAUUCUCAUGGUAGUGUGCUCCCUUGCCUCAGGACUCUCCUUUGGGUCAACUCCAGAGGGUGUCAUGGCCUCACUUUGCUUCUUCAGGUUCUGGCUAGGGUUUGGGAUUGGUGGUGACUACCCUCUUUCUGCCACAAUCAUGUCUGAAUAUGCCAACAAGAAGACGCGUGGCGCGUUCAUAGCCGCGGUGUUUGCAAUGCAAGGAUUCGGAAUCCUGGCUGGUGGAGUGGUGGCAUUGAUUGUUUCAUAUGCAUAUGACCAAAAGUACAAGCUUCCUAGUUAUGAACAGAAUCCAGAAGCAUCCUUGGACCCCGCAUUUGACUAUGUUUGGAGAAUAGUUUUGAUGUUUGGUGCAGUUCCUGCUGCACUCACCUACUACUGGCGCAUGAAGAUGCCAGAGACAGCACGUUACACUGCCCUUGUGGCCAAGAAUGCAAAACAAGCUGCUGCAGACAUGUCUAAGGUGUUGCAAGUGGAACUUGAAGCUGAAGAGGAGAAGGUGAAGAAAUUGACAGAGAAUGAGAGCAACAAGUAUGGUUUGUUCACCAAGGAAUUUGUGAAACGCCAUGGCCUGCAUUUGUUGGGAACCACCACCACUUGGUUCUUGUUGGACAUAGCAUUCUACAGCCAAAACCUUUUCCAGAAGGACAUUUUCAGUGCAAUUGGGUGGAUCCCUCCAGCAAAGGAAAUGAAUGCAAUCCACGAGGUGUAUAAGAUUGCAAGAGCACAAACACUCAUAGCACUAUGCAGUACUGUGCCAGGUUACUGGUUCACAGUGGCAUUAAUUGAUUACAUGGGCCGUUUUGCCAUCCAAUUGUUGGGGUUCUUCUUCAUGACUGUGUUCAUGUUUGCUUUGGCUAUACCAUAUGAUCAUUGGUCUGAGAAAGAAAACAGAAUUGGGUUUGUGGUGAUGUACUCUUUCACCUUUUUCUUUGCCAAUUUUGGUCCAAAUUCCACCACAUUUGUUGUGCCAGCAGAGAUUUUCCCUGCAAGGCUAAGGUCCACUUGCCAUGGAAUCUCUGCUGCUGCAGGAAAGGCUGGUGCAAUUGUGGGUGCAUUUGGGUUCCUAUAUGCUGCACAAAGCAAGGACCCUUCCAAGACUGAUGCAGGGUACCCUACUGGUAUUGGAAUUAAGAACUCACUCAUUAUGCUUGGUGUGAUCAACUUCAUUGGGAUGUUGUUCACCUUGCUUGUUCCAGAAUCAAAGGGAAAAUCACUGGAGGAGUUGAGUGGGGAGAAUGGUGAAAAUGAUGCUGAACAUGCAGUGUCUGCUAGGACAGUUCCUGUUUGAUUGAAGUUAAGUUUGUGUUCAACAAUGUGGUUCAACUUCAAAUUGUGAUAUGUGUACAUUUUAAUACUGGGUUUUGGUUGUGACGUGUUUACACCAAUGAUGUAGUAGUUGCACGGUUCAGGGUGCUAGAGCUUAAAAAUAAUUACAGUUUGUUUGCUUUUGGUUCUUACUUUUGUUUUUUUUUUUGUUUAAAAUAGAUACCUGGUAAUUUUACUUUUGAUUA